UGGAGGAGCUGUGAUUGGCCCGGGCGGCGGAGGGAAAGAGGCCGGGUCCUCUGGCCCCGCCUCCCUCUGAGGGAAGCAGGUGAGCGGGCGAGCGAACGCGGGCGGCGGCUGCUGGGCGAGGACGGACGGACGGACGGACGGACGGCGCGGGAGGGGACACGGAGCGCGGGACCGGCCCUGGGUGGACAAUGCAAAGGGCCUCAGAGGCCGUUCUCGAGGAGGCAGGUCCUGAGGUGCUCUGGUUCCUGACCGUGCCUUCACGUGUCUGGUAGUUCUUCACUUGGGCAACACCCCCGCCCAGGGAACGAGGAGGGGCUGAUGUCUGGCUUUCCUGUGCCUUCUGACAUCCAGAGCCAUGCUCGCCAACGCUGCCACAAUGCGGAUCCUCAUCAAGGGGGGGAAGGUAGUGAAUGAUGACUGCACCCUGGAGGCCGAUGUUUACAUUGAGAACGGCAUCAUCCAGCAGGUCGGCCGCGAGCUCAUGAUCCCCGGCGGAGCCAAGGUCAUAGAUGCCACCGGCAAGCUGGUGAUCCCGGGGGGCAUCGAUACCAGCACGCACUUCCACCAGACCUUCAUGAAUGCCACCUGUGUGGAUGACUUCUACCAUGGCACCAAGGCCGCCCUGGUUGGGGGAACCACAAUGGUGAUUGGGCAUGUGCUCCCAGACAAGGACAUCUCCCUGCUGGAUGCUUACGAGAAGUGCCGCAGCCUGGCCGACCCGAAGGUGUGCUGUGACUAUGCCCUGCACAUGGGCAUUACCUGGUGGGCACCAAAGGUGAAGGCGGAGAUGGAGACCUUGGUGCGGGAGAAGGGCAUCAACUCCUUCCAGAUGUUCAUGACCUACAAGGACUUGUACAUGCUGAGAGACAGUGAGCUCUACCAGGUCUUCUGCGCUUGCAAGGACAUUGGGGCCAUUGCCCGUGUCCACGCUGAGAAUGGCGAGCUGGUGGCUGAGGGGGCCAGGGAGGCCCUGGACCUGGGCAUCACCGGUCCAGAAGGGAUUGAGAUCAGCCGGCCGGAGGAGCUGGAGGCUGAAGCCACGCAUCGGGUCAUCACCAUCGCUAACCGGACUCACUGCCCUGUCUACCUGGUCAACGUCUCCAGCAUGUCGGCCGGAGAUGUCAUCGCCACGGCCAAGAUGCAAGGGAAGGUGGUGUAUGCAGAGACGACGACGGCCCACGCGGCUCUGACGGGCUUGCACUACUACCACCAGGACUGGUCUCACGCAGCGGCCUACGUCACGGUGCCCCCCUUGCGGCUGGACACCAACACCUCCACCUACCUCAUGAGCCUGCUGGCCAAUGACACCAUGAAUGUCGUGGCCUCUGAUCACCGGCCGUUCACCACCAAGCAGAAGGCCAUGGGCAAGGAGGACUUCACCAAAAUCCCCCACGGCGUCAGCGGGGUGCAGGAUCGCAUGGCCGUCAUCUGGGAACGCGGAGUGGUGGGGGGCAAAAUGGAUGAGAACCGCUUCGUGGCCAUCACCAGCUCGAACGCUGCUAAGAUCUACAACAUGUACCCACGCAAGGGCCGCAUCAUCCCCGGGGCCGACGCAGACGUGGUCGUGUGGGACCCUGAGGCCACAAAGUAGGAACUGGGGCUGAGCUUAGGGUG